AUGAGGUCAAAACGGGUCAUAUCCAUCGUCUGCUGUCACGCUGAAGGUGAGGUAGGCGAUGUGGUCAUCGGAGGUGUGAUUGACGUCCCCGCAAAGACGAUGCACGACAAGCUCGUCCGCUACAUGGCCGAGAAGGACGACCUUCGCCAGCUGCUUCUCCAAGAGCCACGAGGGCGUCUGGAAAUGAGCGUAAAUCUGGUCGUGCCGCCAUGUCGUCCCGACGCCGAUGCCGGCUUUCUCAUCAUGGCCCCUGGCGACUGGGUGCCCAUGUCUGGCUCCAACACUGUGUGCACCACGACGGUUCUUCUCGAGACAGGCAUUGUGCCGAUGAAGGAGCCUGUCACGGAAGUCAGACUUGACACCGCGGCGGGGUUGGUUGUGGCAACAGCGGAAUGCCAGAAUGGCAAAUGCAAGUCUGUGUCCUUUGACAACGUCCCCGCCUUUGUUUACGCCCUCGAUAAAGAGAUCAGCGUUCCUGGGCUUGGAAAGGUUGUCGUAGACAUUGCAUACGGGGGCCAAUGGUAUGUCCUCGUCCAAGCAGACGCACUGGGUGUUAUGGUGGAUACUGUCAACGCGGAUCGCCUCAUCGACCUCGGUAAACGGCUGAAGAGCGCCGUGCUGGCUGAAUGCAUGCCCACGCAUCCCGAGAACCCGGCGAUCUGUGGCAUCAACAACGUCAUCAUCACGGAGCCGCUGGUCGACGAGCUUGGGGGGAAGUCAGUCAAGCAUACGGUCAUUGUCACGCCAGGGAGACUAGAUAGAAGCCCAUGUGGUACGGGCAGCUCUUCUCGCCUCGCUAUUUUUCAUGCCAGGGGGCUUGUCAAGGUUGGUGAGCCGGUCAGGUUUAGGAGUAUUAUCAACACUCAGUUCAUCGGUCACAUUAGAGGUACGGCAAAGGUUGGGGACCUGGAUGCAGUGCUUCCGACAAUCAAGGGAAGGGCUUGGAUCACCGGUGAGAAGAAUGUGCAUCUUGACCCAGAAGAUCCGUUUCCGACCGGGUUUUUACUUUGA